AGCGCCCCCAGUGUCGCGCUGGCUCGGUAGAGAAGAGAUUGGUGCGGCGGCGGCGGCGGCGGCCGGAGAGCACAGUGGCGGCGGCGGUGGGGAAGCUGUGGGGUCGCCGCAGCGAGGAAGCACCCGCGGCUUCCGGGAAGGAGCCGGUGUGGGACCCACCGGGCGCCGAGAGGCCGAGCCGGGAGCGCUGGGCCGGACCUGACGCUGCCGGGCGGGCGGACGGUUCUGGCGGCCGUGACAGAUCGACGCGGCUCGGGACUCGAGCGGCCUAUCGGGCCGGGGCGCGAGGCGCUGACCGCGGGCUGCCGCCGCUUCCCCCCGCCGCUUCCCGCUCCCGGACACCCCGCGUCGGCGUCCGCGGCCCCGGGGGGCUCAGGGCGGCUCCUGGGAGAGAGACAAGAAUCAAGAGUGAAGGGGGAGAUAAAAGAGAGAGAGAGAGACACCUGCAACACUGCCUAUGAAGCAUCCCCACUGAGGUCUUCCUGAAGGUUUCCCAUGUCUCAAUGGACUCCAGAAUAUAACAAGCUCUAUACUUUAAAAGUGGAUAUGAAGAGUGAGAUUCCUUCUGAUGCUCCAAAGACACAGGAGAGUCUGAAAGGGAUCCUCUUGCAUCCAGAGCCCAUUGGGGCAGCCAAAAGCUUCCCUGCAGGUGUGGGGAUGAUUAAUAGUAAAGUGGGGAAUGAAUUCUCUCACUUGUGUGAUGGUUCUCAGAAACAGGAGGACAUGAAUGGCAGCCAGCGGGAGCCAGAAAAAAGUGUUGUGAGGAAAAAGCGCAAAAGCCAGCAGGCUGGCCCUUCCUACAUGCAAAAUUGUGUUAAAGAAAACCAGGGAAUAUUAGGAUUGAGGCCACACCUAGACACACCAAGUGAUGAGGACAACGACUCCUCCUUCAGUGAUUGUCUGUCUUCUCCUUCAUCCAGUCUACACUUUGGAGAUUCUGAUACUGUGACUUCAGAUGAGGAUAAAGAAAUCGCUGUCAGACAUCCCCAGGCCAUUUUGAGUACUAAAAGUAGAACUCACAGUGUGCGCUCCCAAAAGUGGCCUCGGACUGAAGCAGAAUCAGUUUCAGGAUUGCUAAUGAAAAGACCUUGUUUUCACGGCAGUUCAUUACGGAGACUUCCAUGCAGAAAGAGAUAUGUGAAAAAUAAUUCCUCACAGAGGACUCAGAAACAAAAAGAGAGAAUAUUAAUGCAGAGGAAAAAGCGAGAAGUGUUAGCUAGAAGAAAGUACUCAUUGCUUCCCAGUUCUAGUAGUUCUAGUGAAAAUGACCUCAGCAGUGAAUCCUCUUCCAGCUCAUCAACUGAAGGAGAAGAAGAUUUGUUUGUUCCUACUAAUGACAACCACCAAAACAACCCAGCUGUUCCCUCAGGAAGUAUUGAUGAAGAUGUGGUGGUAAUAGAAGCUUCCUCCACUCCUCAGGUCACUGCCAAUGAAGAAAUUAAUGUUACCUCAACUGACAGUGAAGUGGAGAUUGUAACAGUUGGAGAAAGCUUUAGGUCUCGUUCAGCCCUUGGCCACUCCAGAUCUCACUGGAACCAAGGUUCAAGUUCUCAUACGAAUCGGCCACAGGAGCCACGGAGCCGUAGUAGGAUUUCCACUGUUAUACAGCCCUUGAGGCAGAAUGCAGCAGAAGUUGUGGACCUUACUGUUGAUGAAGAUGAACCUACUGUAGUACCAACCACUUCUGCAAGAAUGGAGUCACAAACCACAAGCGCUUCCGCCAACAAUUCCAACCCAUCUACCUCCGAGCAGGCCUCUGAUACUGCUUCAGCUGUCACUAGUAGCCAACCCUCCACAGUGUCAGAGACGUCAGCUACUCUUACAAGCAAUAGUAUGACUGGUACUUCUAUAGGAGAUAUUUCCAAGAAAGUGAAAAGACAACCUACAGAGUGGGAGAAAAAUGACUCGCGGAGAAGUGCACCUAGUGCGGUCACGGAAACUGGCCCCCCUGCAAUGCCACGGUUACCUUCCUGCUGUCCCCAGCACUCGCCGUGUGGAGGGUCAUCACAGAGUCACCACGCACUAGGACAUCCACACACAAGUUGCUUUCAGCAGCAUAGCCACCACUUUCAGCAUCACCACCACCACCAUCACACCCCCCACCCGGUUGUCCCCGCCUCCCCCUCCUUUAGUGAGCCUACUUGCCCUGUGGAAAGACCUCCACAAGUACAAGCACCUUGUGGAGCAAGUAGUAGUUCUGGUACCAGCUACCAUGAUCAGCAGGCAUUGCCAGUAGACCUGAGCAACAGUGGCAUCCGAAGUCACGGAAGUGGUGGUUUCCACGGAGCAUCUGCAUUUGACCCCUGCUGCCCUGUUUCUUCUUCUCGAACUGCAAUAUUUGGCCAUCAAGCAACUGCUGCUGCCCCCAGUCAGCCAUUGUCAAUCGAUGGUUAUGGAUCAGGCAUGGUUGCACAGUCCCAGCCCCAGCCCCCUCCACAGGCCUCGCUCUCAUCAUGUCGGCAUUAUAUGCCACCUCCUUAUGCUUCUUUGACGAGACCACUUCACCAUCAACCCUCUGCCUGCCCCCACUCGCAUGGGAACCCUCCUCCUCAGACUCAGACUCAGCCUCCGCCUCCGCCUCAAGUGGAUUAUGUGAUUCCUCAUCCCAUACAUGCUUUCCAUUCUCAGAUAUCUUCUCAUGCAUCGUCUCACCCCGUGGCCCCCCCACCUCCAUCCCAUCUAGGCAGCACGGCGGCACCGAUCCCUCAGCAUCUUCCUCCGGCCCAUCAGCCGAUCUCACACCAUAUUCCAGCCACGGCGCCGUCAGCCCAGAGACUGCAUCCUCACGAGGUGAUGCAGAGGAUGGAAGUCCAGAGGAGGAGGAUGAUGCAACAUCCAACUGGUCUUUUUGUGUUCUGUGUUUCCAGGCGGGCACAUGAACGCCCCCCACCCCAUCCACAUAGGAUGCACCCAAACUAUGGUCACGGGCAUCAUAUUCAUGUGCCUCAGACUAUGUCCUCACAUCCUCGACAAGCUCCAGAAAGAUCUGCCUGGGAACUGGGAAUUGAAGCCGGCGUGACUGCAGCUACUUACACCCCUGGUGCUUUGCAUCCUCACUUGGCCCAUUACCACGCACCUCCUCGACUUCACCACCUACAAUUAGGAGCCCUUCCUCUAAUGGUUCCUGACAUGGCAGGCUAUCCUCACAUCCGUUAUAUCUCGUCAGGAUUGGAUGGAACAUCGUUCCGAGGUCCUUUCCGGGGCAAUUUUGAAGAACUGAUUCAUUUGGAAGAAAGACUAGGAAAUGUUAAUCGUGGAGCAUCCCAGGGAACAAUUGAAAGGUGUACAUAUCCACAUAAAUAUAAAAAGGUAACAACUGAUUGGUUCUCACAGAGGAAACUGCACUGCAAACAAGAUGGAGAAGAAGGGACUGAGGAAGACACAGAGGAAAAAUGUACUAUCUGUUUGUCUAUUUUAGAGGAAGGUGAAGAUGUGAGACGUCUUCCCUGUAUGCACCUUUUCCACCAAGUGUGUGUUGACCAGUGGUUGAUUACCAAUAAAAAGUGCCCCAUAUGCAGAGUGGACAUUGAGGCCCAGCUGCCCAGUGAAAGUUGACACCGUCUUUCAGGACUUUGCCUCCCCUCUCAUUCCCAUCCUCCUGGUACUGCAGUCAACCAAAGAUGGCAUGACUUACCUGCGCAGAUUGGAAGCCUUGAACUUAGAGUGCUGGCUGGCUCUGCUAUAUGGUACAACUAAUGCUAGGCCUACAGUUUAUGUAUACUGUUGAUUUUGAUGUAUUUAUAAAGCUUUUUUUUUUUUUCUAGAUUUGACAUUUUCCCUGUAUCAUUUUACUGUAUUUUUGCAUGAUUCCUCCUUGUAUUGCAUUUCUUUGCACAUAUUAUGGGCUUGUGACCCUAAACUUGCAGGCAAGAUUAGCUGCUUUAGUAAGUAGAGUUUUGUGGGGUUUUUUUUAAUAGUACCAGGUCUUGAGAAUUAUGAAUUUUUUUUAUCCAUUACUAACCUUUAAUUUAAUCAAUCAUGUACUUUAGUUUAAUGUAUAAAGAUCCUCUAGAAAAUGAUAAUAUUGUGUAUUAAGACAUUCCUUAACUAGGGCAAAAUGGCUGCUGUAUAUUUACAAUAUGGAGUUCUGAGUUCAAUACCAUCCUUAAUGCUGGGAACAGAAUUCAAACAAUACUCAAUCAGAUGCAGGUGGUAUUCACAUCACCAGAGUGAUCAAUAGAAUUUUUCUUGGUGUGUCCUUUUCCAUUCAGCACAAUGCAAAGAGAGUUGAACAUUGAGAUCAUACAUCUAGACUGCUGUUGAUUGUAUUUAUCUUUUUCUUACAUUGUUUAGAACUUUUAUUUCCCUGAUUCAGUUUUUGCUGCUGUGAAACAGCUCUGAUGAACACUAAUAUUAAUUUCAAUUAGCUGGAUUGUACAUACUUGCAGAUUUAACACAAUUUAGGGAAAUUGAAGAAGACAUGUAGGAUUUUGUUGUCUUCUACUAAGCACGUAUAGUAACGAUACCUGUUUACAUUAAUUUUGUCAGUCUUUGACAUUCAGUCAAGAUUUAGAAUUGCAGUCAUUGGCAGGUAUCUAUGCAUUCAUAGAACUUCUAAAGGUCCCAGGAUCACUUUUUUUUUAAUAGUUGAAAGAAAAUAAAAGUCAGCUGAAUCUACAUGUCUCUUGUUUUAUUUCUCUUAACUUGAAAACAGUAAAUCUGCAGAUACUGUGAGGCACAAAUUAUAUUGUCAACCUACUGUUGCUCUGGUUUUUGACUCCCACUUCAUACAUUAUCGAGUCGAUCACUGAUUUAAAAUCUUUAAUUUCUAUAGUUAAGAUUUACUGCAUAAUAUAGUAUAUAAAGUUAAGUUAACGUACUAACAUUUCUCCUUUGGAGAAAGUUUUAAUCCACUCCAGGAUGCAUAUUACCAGAUACUUUCAUAUACAGGAUAGCCUAAUUUUAUGUCUAAAUAUGCUCACUAUGCCCCAGAUUGCAAAUGCAUUCAGUCAGCCACACCACUGUCUGUAUGUGGAAGACAUGUUCCCAUGGAUCAUAUGUGAAGAUGUCAAUAAGCUUGCAUUAAGCCACCUGCUUUGUAAGUGGAUUGAUUAAUAAUAAAUAACUAUAUUUCUAUUGUC